ACCGCCAUACAUGUCGCCUGCAGCACCUGGUUUUGGGGGUUUUUGUUUCUUCUUUAUGGAACAUCACGCAUCUAAGCAAAGUCAUAGUAGGCGGUUGCCCAAGCUAGGUCCAAUUUCUAUUACCGCAUUCGUCGUGGUGCAUGUCUCUCACUGUGUUCAGUAGCUUUCAUCUCCUUUCAUUCAUUUUGAUGACCUUUGCAUUCCUGAAGUUUUAAAUGCGUCUUCUAUGCUCUUCAAUCUUCACACAUCUCUAGACGCGCGGUUAGCUUUUUUCUGUGUCUUCCGCUUCAUAUCUGUAAAUUGUAAUCAAGUGAAGCUCGUCAUCCUCUAUAUUGUGCUGCUGGUUUAAUUCCUGUUGUUGUCCGAUCGAGUGCUACCGAUUCUGUAGAGAUGGUGGGUUUUGGUGGGAUUUUGUUAAGACUGCCCUGCAAGGCCUUCUGUGCUGUACUUACCUGCAUUUCCGUAGUAGGAGGGACCGCUGUAGGAACAGUUAGAGAUGCAGUUAAGAGCCAAAGCCCAGAGCCUGCAGGUAUCCAUCGUUUGCCAGGAAUCGCUGCCAUUGCAGGCGCAGUUGCUGCUAUCGAAUUGCUCCAAUCCUCUUUGAUCGACGGUGCAAUUACCACGGUUGAUCUCUUUAGAAGCCUAAUGCAAGGAAAGAUUUUCCAGGAAUGGAUGAGCCAUUUAAUUGAUAAGGCAUAUCAGUGCCACUGGCAACAUAGCACUCGAGAGAGACAUGACAUUUAUGACAACGCCUGCUCUCAAGGGAUGCCGCUGAGCUUGGUAACGAAGCUCCCCCAAUUCUACUUCGCUUAUGACAACAAGACCACGGACACUUGCGAUGUGAUUCACUGCACAAUCUGCUUAGAGGAUUUUAAGGAGGGAGAAAGUGCAAGAAGACUCCCCAAUUGCAGUCACUUCUUUCAUUUGAUUUGCAUAGAUGGAUGGCUGGUUAGAAAUGGGUCUUGCCCCAAUUGUAGAAAAGAUGCUUGGUGCAACAUUUUGAUUCCAUUUAAGGACACCUGCAGAUAUAUAACAAGGUGACAUGCUGGGAACCAUGUACUGUGGAAAAUAGAUCCAUAUAGAAUCCUUGAACAAUGUACCAUUUGUUGAGGAAUCCACUCUUGGC